AUGGAAAACAAGUCGUAUGUGCCUUUGAAGCAGCCCAUUAUUUUCCAGUUAGAAGGUUUCAUUGUGUCAAAGGAACAAGGCCAUCUCCUCUUUGUGUUGUGCUUUAUCGCGUUCCUUUUCAUUCUGACAUGGAACGGCAUGGUCUGCCUCGCGAUAUUGAUUGAAAAGUCGCUGCACAAGCCCAUGUACGUCAUGAUUUGCAACCUCAUCACCUGCGAUUUGCUCGGAGGCACCGCCAUGUUGACGCGAUUGAUGUCCGACUUCCUUUCUGAAGAACGAAGCAUCACGUACGUCACGGCCAUCUUCCAGGCAUUUAGCGUGCACACUUAUGGUUCUGCCACGCAGACUUUAUUGGCGAUAAUGGCGUACGACAGGUACCUUGCCAUCUGUGAACCUUUGAGAUACCACACCAUCAUGACUAAUGCCAAAGUGUUUGUGCUUUGCUUAGGUGCCUGGCUAAUCGCUCUUGGCUUGGUGCUGAUUUUAUUCAUAAUGAAUGUGACUACUCCGCUAUGUGGUACAUUAAUAGUGCAUGUUUACUGUAGCAAUCGGUCUAUAUUGAGGCUGGCAUGCCGACCUACCCCUUACAAUAAUAUCUAUGGUUUGGUUAUGACGUGGGUGUUGAGCACUGGAUCUUUCAUCAUCGUUGCCUUCUCCUACACAAAAAUUCUGGUAACAUGUCUAGUCAUUCGGAAGGACACCAACAAAAAAAAGGUCAUCCAAACAUGUGCCCCUCACCUGAUUUCUUACAUCAUAUUUGAAAUUACUUCUAUAAUUAUAAUUAUGUCAUAUCGCAUAAAGUCGAUAAGUGAAAAUAUGAGGAAGUUUUGUGCAAUCCUGUUCAUAAUUCUACCACCUAUUCUCAACCCAAUCAUAUAUGGCAUGGUAAUGACGGAUAUUCGCAUGAACAUCAUCAAACACUUUAAAAGAAAAGUUGUUCCAAAUCAGUAA